CUGACAAUGGGCAAGAGUUCGAAUCCUUCCAUGUUUGUAAGCACGUGCCAAUGCACAUGAAUGUGUGAAGACAAGAGUCAAGAAGUCUGCGUGUCUGUGAAAGUUUUUUCUGUUGGCGCACGCGCUCGUGGGACGUUUGGCUCCGCGUACUUUCCACUCAAGUUAGUUAUCGGGGUCAGAGGUUAGCGACCCUCCGACCCUAGGCAGCGGUACACGGGCGAGCUGCUUGUCCCCGCUGCUCACAAAUGCAGUGCCAUCAAAGGACUGACGCCCCAGAACAAAGAACAGAAAAGACUUUGGCGACACCGACAAUGGUUUCCAUACACAGAAAACCGAGCAAAUGUUCAACUGUCACAACAACAGAGACUUUGGUUUACACUUUACACCUUUGAGUCCGCCGAUCGUCACCCACCGAUUCCACUUUUCAUGUGCUAAUUUCCCUCGCAAUUUAAUUUUUUGUGUUUUUUUUUUUUUUUUUUUUUGUUGCAAGUUUGCGACUGUCUUUAUGGCCGCAAAUAUCUACACCCAGACUUGUCGUUGCCUUCCUUGAGGACAGGUUGCUGCGUUGCUGGUGUAGUGGUAAACAAAGUUUUCUGUCCCAGCAGGAGGUCUCGCCAAAAAAACCUGGACGCUAGACUCGAGAAGGAACUUCUUCAUAACAGAUGCCCACACACACAAACUGUGAGGAGGCCAGAAGAAGAUGGACUACCUUACCCCAGACUUUGUACCUGGAGCAAACCCGCGGUCUUCAGGUGCGCAAUCACGGAGACAAUCUCAGUCUGUCCCUCGGCUUCAGGUAGGUGGACAGGACCGCCGCCCCUCAGUCCUCCAGCAAAGGCCAGGUGUGAGAGAUGAUAGAAGGUCCUCAUCUAUUGCACUGAGAGUUCCAGGACAGUGGAACCUGUCAGAUUCUCCAGCCCAGCGACAGUUGUCAGCUUCCGGUCUGCUGCCAUCGGCGACUGAACAGGAGAAAGCAUCGGUGAUCGUGGGAUUCGGUCGGCUGCACAAGAACAGCGAGGUGACCACAGCAUGGCGGAGCGCACUCAAAGCCCUCGUGCCCACCAUGCUUCUGCAGAAGAUUGCGGAGGCUAAAGAUGGCGUGCCUAAACGACGGAAGAGUUUUUCAACUACAGAGAACAUCGAGAAUUUCGGCAAAGACCCGAACGUGAGGCUGGAGGAGCACAUGAAGCUGGCGCACCUGCAGCAGCUGAUGAAGGAGUUCUCGCAGCAUCGCCCGGAGGACAUCGUGGUCCAGCAGGGCUCCGGCUACUUCCCCCCCAAGCUGAUGAAGCGCACACCGGGCUGCAUGAACCUGGUGGAGUUCCAGACCACCAUCGCCAAGGUGCUAGGAACCAGCGAGUACUCCGAGUACCUGGAGAAGCUGUUCGUCAAGCUGGACACCUCCUGCGAUGGAUACGUGGAUUGGAAUGAGUUUUGUACCUACAUGUUGCUGCUGUACCGCGAGCAGGACUACCUCCGCGCCAAGCAGGAGAUGCCUUUCAUGGUGGAGCCGGUCAUACGUCACAUCGUGCACAACAGACAAGAAGCGACUACCAAAAUAGUUGCACUGGAUGCCCCGGUCAGAUAUGUCACAAUUAGUAAGGAAGGCGCGAUGACGGUGUGGCUGCCCAGCCUGGCCUGCGAGAAGACCUACACGGUGGCGGGGGAGGAGGAGGAGGCCGGUUCCGCGAAGCGUCGCUUCAAGAUGUGGGUGACAGACGCCGUGUACAUGCGCAACUGCCAGAAGGUCGCCAUCGGCUCCACCAGCCGCGACAUCCGCUUCUACGACGUCUCCACCAACCAGUACUUCGAGGAGUUCCACCUCUUUGCGAUGUCCGACGUCCCCUACUGCUUUGACUACUGGUACAACAAAAAGGUGCCAAACUCCGAGUCGCUACUCAUAUUCGGGGUGGACACCGGAGCGAUCCACCUCAUGUACUUCCUGAAGCCCAUCACCCAGUUGUUUGAAACACCUUUUCAGAAGGAUGGUGGAGUGCAAAAAAUUUUCAUGCAGGACCUUCCUCAGCACAGUAAGUGGGUGCGCCACACCCUUUUACCCGAUAUCCACCCGGACAUCAUACGACAAGUUCGCUACCUGCCAGAGAACAGCGCCAUCAUCUCGUCUAGCGCCAGCCCCAGAAACACACCCUCGUCAUCUCCGACAUCCAGCCUCAAGCGCCCCUACGUCUUCAAGAUCGAGAAGGGUGUGGAGUGUUUCGACUACAGCAAGCGCCUGAACAUCCUGGUCACUGGCAGCGCCGACCACCAGGUGCGCGUGUGGAACCCUUACGUCACCCACAAGCCGGUGGCCGUGCUGAGUGGGCAUGCGACAGGCGUGAUAGGGGUCAUGGUUCACGAGGGCUUCCGUCACGUGUUCAGCUACUCCAAGGAUGUGGUCAUCAAAGUGUGGGACAUCAAAGAGCACACCUGUCUGCAGACCGUCAUCCUCAAGUUCCCCAGCAGCCUGCACGGCCGGGUGCCGGACCACGGCCAGUUCCCCAUCCACCUGCAGCCCUCCCCACACGAUGCGCUGCUCGUCACCUGCAACGACUACAUCGGGCUGCUGAAGCUGGGGCGGGUGGAGCAGCAGCCCCUCAACACCAUGCCGACCACUCACGACACGCAGCUCUGCUGCGCCAUCUACAAUACCUUCUUUAAGCAGGUUGUAACUGGCUGCGACUCGUCGUCAAUCGCUGUGUGGGAUGUAGAGAGUGGCAACAAGUCUAUCGUCUUCUCCAACGCCCACGGCGACGAGGAGAUCACCUGCAUGGUCUUCGACGACUCCUGUCGGCGCCUCAUCUCCGGCGCCCGCAAUGGAACCAUCAAGGUGUGGAACUUCCAGAACGGCCACAACCUCCACAAGCUGGAGCCUGUCGGGGAGGCGGAGGUGACGGGGAUGCUCGCACUGACAGAGAAGAAGAUCAUCCUGGCGGUGGGCUGGAGUCGCCAGAUCGUCAUGUACGACGACUCCGAUGCAGACAAUAUGUAUGUGACCGCCAACACUGACUGGAAGGGGGGACAGCUCCACAAGGACGACAUUUUAACGGUCGACUACUGCCCACCCAACUACAUCGCCACGGCCAGCUUCGACAGUGAGAUCCUUGUCUGGGACCUGGAGACAGAGAAAGUCCAUGUUCGCCUCCGCAAGGGGCAGCCUACUAACUUGAAGAGACAGCUGGAAGAACUGCAGAAGCAGUCACAAGCUAACUGUCAGCCAUCCUCAUCACAGGGGUCACGUCCCAACUCCAGACAUCGCACUUCACACAAAGUACCCAACGGGCAUCCAGUUCCUGUUGACAAAUUGCUGUUUCUCAAGGGCCGAGCAAGUGUGAAGCACACAGAGAAGGCCAUGCUGCUGUCCAGUGAGGCUGGUGUGAUCAGAUGGUGGAACAUCUUUUCUCAGAAACCUGAGAUGGGUUAUUUCUAUGCCCCUGACUUGGCAGACGAGAGCGUGCUGGCCAUGUGUAGUAAGCCCAAUAACAGCAUUUUGAUCACAGGGGACACACAGGGCAUCAUCAAGGUGUGGGACAUCAUGGACUACUGUGUCAGACCACAGGAGAGGAGAGUGAAGACAGCGCCUCCCCUGGAGUGUUUGUGGAAGGCUCAUGAUGCAGCAGUGGUCAGCGUCCAGUACAUCCAACACACAGCUGGUGAUUUUGUUCUCAGCGCAUCAACAGACAAAACAGCUCGACUUUGGACACCAGAAGGUCAUUUCAUUGGCACCUUUGGACAGUCUAAUCCAUGGAAUCUAAAACAUCCAUCAACGUGGGCACAUCCACAAACUCCAUGGACUGUCCAGGAGGCCCCACCAGACACUGAUAACAGCAAGACUGAAGAAGAAAACUCAGUAAUCAAGAAUGACAUUGUUAAUGAAACAAAGACUGAAGGAGACAGUUCACCGGAUGAUGAACACAGCGAAAAUGCUGAAUCUGAAAUGAAUGAAGAGAUCACAGAAAGCCCAGAAGAGACCAGUAAAACUAAACCUCGACCUAAAUCAGUAACAGUACUGGUUGAUGUCAAAGAUUCAAAUGUGCCACACGGCCUUCGCCUUAAAUACCGUUCGCAGACUUUUGCCUUUGGUGUUGACAGAUCUGGCACUUCCAAGACAAGCCUUGGUCUGAAGGUAGAGCAAGAGCUGAUGAGACAACAGCGAGACAGACAGGGCCGACGACAGGUCUUUGGUGAGAUUGAAGUCAAGCAAACAGCAAGAUUUGGCAAAAUUUGCUCUCCCUAUCAAGCACUGACUACACCACUUUUUGAGGACAUCACGCUGCCCAGGAAUCUGCCUCUUAGCUCUCGAAUGAUCAGCAAAGGUUACUCCAGCAACAAUCUCACAGCUGAUGCCAUCCGCAGCAUGGACUUUUCCUACGGAAGUCCAGACACACCUCCGAGCACCCAGCAGGGUUCCAGCCAACAUUUAAAAAAAACCUUGGUCACAGCUAAAGUAUCUGAAGAAAGAGGACAUCAGAAGUUUCCACCUAUCAAGUCUGGAAGAAAUUCUCAGAACAAUCAACAGACUAUACCGAACCACUUGGGCCCUCUAAAAAAAUUUCACACAGUAGCAUGAAGUGGUUAUUUUUUUCACUGUCUGCAAAAAUGUUAUCAUGCAGUUUGUGGUUACCAUUUUGGGUUGGCAGAUUGUAGGAGCUAUUUUAUUGGACACUUUCUGAGCAGCAGUAAUGACAAUGUCCCCAACAUUUUAUCUAUACAGAGACAAGUUAUUUAGCCUGACCACAGGAUCCGUCUGUACAAAGUUAUUCCCGCACCCUCAUUCUGCCCACAGACUGUACAAAACCAAGUGUGUGUAUAUAUAUAUAAAUUGCUGUAAUUGUACAAAAAUCCCAUGCAUUUACAAAGAAUCACUGAGAAUGUAUAUGUAUCAUGUUACUCAUGAAUGUACAAAGAACUGCAUCCCCAUGCUUGUACAAAGUAUUACGUACAUUACCCCUUCAUGUCUGUACUUAGGAAAAAUAUAAUCAUGGUUCUGUUCA